AUGAAGUGGGUCUACCCCCAGGCAAUAGUCCGAUCGGUUCACAUUGUGGUCUUGGCAUUGGAAAAGCUACAGAUGCUGGCCGACCACCGAAGAUCCGCUACCGCACGGCCGGACUUGCCUGUGAGGGCCCUGGAGCUUGAGGACAUCCCCGCUGCCCGCGCCGAAGACGAAGGCUUCUGGAUGAUGCUGGAAGCUGCCUUGGAGUGGCCAUGGUUCGGGCAGUGCGAGGGCAUUCAGAAAGCUCACAGGUCGCAGGCCAAGCACACCCUGGGGUCCCUCACGGCGCCAAAGUCCGCGCAGUUUUUUGAGAAACUCCGGCAAACGGCAUCCAUGACCUGCCUUCGACGACUGUUCCAUUCCGUCCGGGCAGUGCGCGGCGCUUCGGUCGGAAAGGAGGGGCUUCAAAUUCCUGGUCCCGAGGAGGACAACAAAGAGACAUCGACAAAUGCGCGCGCUGCUGCAGAUGCGAUGUGUGCGGAGGCCUUCGAGUGGCUGCUGUUUACCUCUGGGGCCACGUCCUCCGGCGGCCUUCCGCUGCGGAAACUGAACACCAUGAUCCAAAGCAUCACGCAGACCGAGCGCUCGGGGAACGUCCAGCGGCACGAGAUCGAGAUGCUGAAAGUUGACACGCUGAUCUCCAGCGUCCAGUUCGCUGAGAUGAUAUGGGCCACUUGCGCCUGA